AUGGCCGCUCCGACAGCGCAUGGACACGCCAGAAAAGUCGGCCAGUUCUACUCGAACGUCCGCCAAGAAGGAAUCGAGCGACGUCAAACACAAAGAAUCAUCCGCAUGCGAAAUUUUAACAAUUUCAUGAAGUCGAUAUUGUUCAAUACUUACGUCAAACAGGGAGAUGCUUGCCUGGACUUAGCAUCCGGAAAAGGGGGAGAUUUGAAUAAAUGGAAAAUACAGCGGGCUCAGCAUGUGGUUUUUGUGGACGUCGCGGCGGAGUCUGUUGAGCAAUCAAAAGAAAGAUAUCAAAGUCGCCAUUCGAAGAGCUUCUCCGCCAGUUUUCACCAGGCUGAUUUGACCAGAGCUUCGUACGAUAAAUGGAGUCCUCCGUUGCGAGAUGGGAUUGAGUUCGACUGUGUUUCUUGUCAAUUCGCUUUACAUUACUGCUUUGAGUCCGAGAACCAGUGCCGUCAAUUCAUAAAGAAUGCCUCCAAAAAGAUGAAAAUAGGUGCUGUAUUUUUUGGAACUACGCCUUGGUCGGAAGAGAUCAUGCGAAGAUACCGGCGUGCUAAAAAAGUGGACAGGAAGGAAGAAUUCGGGAAUUCAGUUUACAAAGUAGCUUUUGCCAGAGGAGCUCGAGACCCGCCGCCAAUUUUCGGGGCGACCUAUCAUUUUCAACUCGAGGAGCAAGUCAAUGUAGAGGAAUUUCUCGUCUUUCAGCCUGUUUUCGAAGACAUCUGCAAAGAAUACGGCCUCGAGUUGGUCAUGCGAAAGUCGUUUAAAAGAUUCUUCGAAGAGAAUCGAGAAAAUAAUAUGGACCUGCUCUACAGAAUGGAUGCCCUUGAAACAGUCACGGAAAACGGACCGAGAGAAGCACGACGAGGACUAACGUACGCCCAUGCAGAAGACGUAUGCGAUAAUUCUACUUAUCAAGUUGGCUCACUUUCCAGACAGGAAUGGGAAUGUGCCUCUCUCUACGUCGUUUUUGCAUUCAAGAAAGUCAGAUGA